CAGGUACUGGAAUAAAGAUAUCUGCGGUUUUCUGCAAAAAUGUCAGUUCUGAUAUCACAGAGUGUAAUAAAUUAUGUAGAAGAAGAAAACAUUCCUGCUCUGAAAGCACUUCUUGAAAAAUGCAAAGAUGUAGAUGAGAGAAAUGAGUGUGGCCAGACUCCACUGAUGAUAGCUGCUGAACAAGGCAAUCUGGAAAUAGUGAAAGAAUUAAUUAAGAAUGGAGCCAAUUGCAACCUUGAGGAUCUGGAUAACUGGACAGCACUUAUCUCGGCAUCUAAAGAAGGACAUUUUCACAUUGUGGAAGAACUGCUUAAAUGUGGGGUCAACCUGGAGCACCGUGAUAUGGGAGGAUGGACAGCUCUUAUGUGGGCAAGUUAUAAAGGCCGUACUGAGAUAGUAGAGAUGCUUCUUUCUCAUGGAGCCAACCCAAAUGUCACUGGUUUGCAGUACAGUGUUUAUCCAAUCAUUUGGGCAGCAGGGAGGGGCCAUGCAGAUAUAGUGCAUCUUUUGCUGCAAAAUGGUGCCAAAGUCAACUGCUCUGAUAAGUAUGGAACAACCCCUUUGGUUUGGGCUGCACGAAAGGGUCACUUGGAAUGUGUAAAACAUUUAUUGGCCAUGGGAGCUGACGUUGACCAAGAAGGAGCUAAUUCAAUGACGGCUCUUAUUGUGGCAGUAAAAGGAGGCUAUACACAGUCAGUGAAAGAAAUUCUGAAGAGGAAUCCAAAUGUGAAUUUAACAGAUAAGGAUGGAAAUACAGCUUUGAUGAUUGCAUCAAAGGAGGGACAUACAGAAAUUGUGCAGGAUCUUCUUGAUGCUGGAACAUAUGUGAAUAUACCUGAUAGGAGUGGUGAUACCGUAUUGAUUGGUGCUGUCAGAGGAGGUCACGUGGAAAUUGUUCGAGCACUUCUUCAAAAAUAUGCUGAUAUAGACAUUAGAGGACAGGACAAUAAAACUGCUUUAUAUUGGGCAGUUGAGAAAGGAAAUGCAACAAUGGUGAGAGACAUCUUACAGUGUAAUCCGGACACUGAAAUAUGCACAAAGGAUGGUGAAACACCACUUAUAAAGGCUACCAAGAUGAGAAAUAUUGAAGUAGUUGAGCUGCUGCUGGAUAAAGGAGCAAAAGUCUCCGCUAUAGAUAAGAAGGGUGAUACUCCUUUGCAUAUUGCUAUCCGUGGGAGGAGUCGGAAACUGGCAGAACUUCUUUUAAGAAACCCCAAAGAUGGACGGCUGCUUUACAGACCCAACAAAGCAGGCGAGACACCCUACAACAUUGACUGUAGCCAUCAGAAAAGUAUUUUAACUCAAAUAUUUGGAGCCAGACACCUGUCUCCUACUGAAACAGAUGGUGACAUGCUUGGUUAUGAUUUAUAUAGCAGUGCCCUGGCAGACAUUCUCAGUGAACCAACCAUGCAGCCACCUAUUUGUGUGGGACUGUAUGCACAGUGGGGAAGUGGUAAAUCUUUCUUACUCAAGAAACUAGAAGAUGAGAUGAAGACUUUUGCAGGACAACAGAUUGAACCUCUUUUUCAAUUUUCAUGGCUAAUUGUAUUUCUAACUCUGCUACUUUGUGGAGGAAUUGGAUUAGUGUUUGUUUUUACAGUUGACCUAAAUCUUGGGGUAGCAGUGUCACUGAGCUUCUUGGCUCUCCUAUAUAUUUUCUUUAUUGUCAUUUACUUUGGUGGACGAAGAGAAGGAGAGAGUUGGAAUUGGGCCUGGGUCCUCAGUACUAGAUUGGCAAGACAUAUUGGAUAUUUGCAACUCCUCCUUAAACUGAUGUUUGUGAAUCCACCUGAACUGCCAGAACAAACCACUAAAGCUUUACCUGUAAGGUUUUUGUUUACAGAUUACAAUAGACUGUCCAGUGUAGGUGGAGAAACAUCCAUGGCUGAAAUGAUUGCUACCCUCUCAGAUGCAUGUGAACGAGAGUUUGGCUUUUUGGCAACCAGACUUUUUAGGGUGUUCAAGACUGAAGAUUCACAAGGUAAAAAGAAAUGGAAAAAGACAUGCUGCCUCCCAUCUUUUGUCAUCUUCCUUUUUAUCUUUGGCUGCAUUAUUGCGGGAAUUACUCUUCUGGCCAUAUUCAGAGUUGACCCAAAACAUCUGACGGUGAACGCCGUGCUCAUAUCAAUUGCCUCUGUAGUGGGGUUGGCCUUUUUGCUGAACUGUCGUACAUGGUGGCAGGUCCUGGACUCUCUUCUCAAUUCUCAAAGGAAACGCCUCCACAGUGCUGCCUCCAGACUGCACAAAUUGAAGAGUGAAGGGUUCAUGAAGGUUCUUAAGUGUGAAGUGGAAUUGAUGGCCAGGAUGGCAAAAACCAUUGACAGCUUUACUCAGAAUCAGACAAGGCUGGUGGUCAUCAUUGAUGGGCUAGAUGCCUGUGAACAGGACAAAGUACUUCAGAUGCUGGACACUGUCCGAGUUUUGUUUUCAAAAGGCCCAUUCAUUGCCAUUUUUGCAAGUGAUCCACAUAUCAUUAUAAAAGCAAUCAACCAGAACCUCAACAGUGUACUUCGUGACUCAAAUAUAAAUGGGCAUGAUUACAUGCGCAAUAUAGUUCAUUUACCUGUUUUCCUUAAUAGUCGUGGACUAAGUAAUGCAAGAAAAUUUCUCGUCACUUCCACAACGAAUGGAGAAAUUACAUGUGCAGAUGCUCCAGGAAUGCCAGAAGAUGCUGACAGAAGAGUGUCACAAAACAGCCUUGGAGAGAUGACAAAACUUGGUAGCAAGACAGCCCUCAAUAGAAGGGAUACUUACCGACGGAGACAGAUGCAGAGGACAAUUACUCGGCAGAUGUCCUUUGAUCUUACAAAACUGCUGGUGACAGAGGACUGGUUCAGUGACAUAAGCCCUCAGACCAUGAGAAGAUUACUUAAUAUUGUUUCUGUGACAGGGAGAUUACUGAGAGCCAAUCAGAUUAGUUUCAACUGGGACAGGCUUGCCAGCUGGAUCAACUUGACUGAGCAGUGGCCUUACCGUACUUCAUGGCUCAUAUUGUAUUUGGAAGAGACUGAAGGUAUUCCAGAUCAGAUGACAUUGAAAACCAUCUAUGAAAGAAUAUCAAAGAAUAUCCCAACAACUAAAGAUGUAGAGCCACUGCUUGAAAUAGAUGGAGACAUAAGAAAUUUUGAAGUGUUUUUGUCUUCAAGGACUCCAGUUCUUGUGGCUCGAGAUGUAAAAACCUUUUUACCAUGCACUGUCAACCUAGACCCCAAACUACGGGAAAUUAUUGCUGAUGUCCGUGCUGCAAGAGACCAGAUUAAUAUCGGAGGGUUGGCAUAUCCCCCACUACCUUUACAUGAAGCUCCUCCCAGACCAGCAUCUGCCUAUAGUCAGCCUCCCUCUGUCUGUUCAUCUUCCACUUCCUUCAAUGGGCCCUUUGGAGGUGGGGUUGUAUCUCCACAGCCUCACAGCAGCUACUACAGUGGUAUGACAGGACCUCAGCAUCCAUUCUAUAAUAGGCCAUUCUUUGCCCCAUACUUUUACACGCCAAGGUAUUACCCUGGCACUUCCCACCAUCUCAUCUCACGUCCAUCAGUAAAAUCGAAUAUGCCCAGAGAUCAGAACAAUGGCCUAGAGGUUAUCAAGGAGGAUGCUGCUGAGGGGCUUUCUUCACCCACAGACUCCUCAAGGGAGCAGACUUGGAUGCGAAAGUUAAAGAUGCCCUGGCCGUGUGACUCUGGGUUUAACAAACAGAGAAAGGGAGGAGGCCCAGUAUCAGCAUCAUUGAUUUCAAUGAGUGUGGAUGCAGUAUGUGAGAAAAUGAAGCAGAUAGAAGGACUGGACCAGAAUAUGCUGCCUCAGUAUUGUGCAACAAUCAGAAAGGCAAACAUAAAUGGUCGUGUGUUAGCUCAGUGUAACAUUGAUGAACUGAAGAAAGAGAUGAAUAUGAACUUUGGAGACUGGCACCUUUUUAGAAGCACAGUAUUAGAGAUGAGAAAUGCAGAAAACCAAGUGGUCCCUGAAGACCCACGUUUGAUUAAUGAAAACAACAGUGGCUCGGCUCCCCAUGGGGAAUCUGUUCGUCACUCUUCACAUAAUGAAUUGCCUCACACCGAGCUUUCCAAUCAGACUCCCUACACACUAAAUUUCAGCUUUGAAGAACUGAACACCCUUGGCCUAGAUGAAGGCGCCCCACGUCAUAGCAAUCUAAGUUGGCAGUCACAAACUCGCAGAACUCCAAGUCUUUCGAGUCUCAAUUCCCAAGAUUCCAGUAUUGAAAUUUCAAAGCUUACUGAUAAGGUGCAGGCUGAGUACAGGGAUGCAUAUAGAGAAUAUAUUGCUCAAAUGUCUCAGUUAGAAGGGGGUACAGGUUCUGCAACAAUCAGUGGUAGAUCUUCCCCACAUAGCACAUAUUAUAUGGGUCAGAGUUCAUCAGGGGGCUCCAUUCAUUCUAAUCUAGAACCAGAGAAAGGGAAAGAUGGUGAACCAAAACAAGAUGAUGGAAGAAAAUCAUUUCUAAUGAAGAGGGGAGAUGUUAUAGAUUAUUCAUCAUCAGGAGUUUCCACUAACGAGGCCUCACCCCUGGAUCCUAUCACUGAAGAAGAUGAAAAAUCUGAUCAGUCUGGGAGUAAGCUUCUCCCUGGCAAGAAGUCCUUAGAAAGGUCCAGUCUAUUCCAGACAGACCUGAAACUUAAGGGGAGUGGACUGCGAUAUCAAAAACUUCCAAGUGAUGAAGAUGAAUCUGGAACAGAAGAAUCAGAUAAUACUCCCCUACUCAAAGAUGAUAAAGAUAAAAAAGCUGAAGGCAAAGUGGAGAAAGUGUCCAAGUCUCCAGAACACAGUGCUGAGCCCAUCAGAACCUUCAUUAAGGCAAAGGAGUACUUAUCAGAUGCUCUCCUUGACAAAAAGGACUCAUCUGAUUCAGGAGUGAGAUCUAAUGAAAGUUCCCCUAAUCACUCUCUUCACAAUGAAGCAGCUGAUGAUUCCCAGCUUGAAAAGACAAAUCUCAUAGAACUCGAAGAUGACAGCCACAGUGGAAAACGUGGAAUAAUACCACAUAGCUUGAGUGGCCUACAAGACCCAAUCAUAGCUCGGAUGUCCAUUUGUUCAGAAGAUAAGAAAAGCCCAUCUGAAUGUAGCUUGAUAGCUAGCAGCCCUGAAGAAAACUGGCCGACAUGCCAAAAAACCUAUAAUCUGAAUCGAACACCCAGUACUAUGACCCUAAACAACAACAGUGCUCCAACCAAUAGAGCCAAUCAGAAUUUUGAUGAAAUGGAGGGAGUGAGGGAGACUUCCCAAGUCAUUUUGAGACCCAGUACCAGUUCUAACCCAACUGCUAUUCAGAAUGAGAAUCUUAAAAGUAUGGCACAUAAGCGAAGCCAACGUCCAAGUUACACGAGACUCUCAAAAGAUUCUCCAGAGCUUCAUGCAGUAGCCCCUUCUGAUAGUACAGGUUUUGGAGAAGAAAGAGAAAGCAUUCUGUAAGAAAAGCAAGCAAAAGUAGAGUAAUGUUCCUGUACCACUGUGACACAAUUGACCUGAGCUUUAUAGUGAAUCAGAUCAUACAGGUCAUCUUCCAUAAGUCACUAAUGAAUGAAAAUGAAAAGCCUUUGAUGAAAGAGACAAAUGGUAUUAACACAGGAAACCAUAAGGAAGGAUGGUUCAGUUAGUUGCCGGUCUUUGUAAUUAGAAACAGAAAUUCAUAUUUUUUUUCUUUAUACCAGAGCACUGCUCAGCUCUGGCAUUUGGUGGUGCAGGGGACUGAACCUGGGACUUAAAAGCCUUAAGCAUGAGAGUCACUUUGCAUAACCAUUGUGCUAUCUCCCUGCCUGAGAUUUACUAUUCUUAAGAUCACUUUCAUUGGCAAAACCAUCUGACAAAAUUUUUUGUAAUUAGACUUGAGGAUAAAGAUAGGUCAGAGAUAUUUCAUUAGACACAGAGGGUUUAAUUUGCCAAAGAAAAUGAAAGGCUAGUGACAUUUUUGUAGAGCUUAUCAGGUAGUUGAAGGGUUCCAUAAUGUUAGAGAAACUGGAAGCAUAUUUUCUUUUUUAGAGUUAAAAAUAAGAAUUAUGGGUUACAGAGAAACUCAGAGGUUAAAGGGUAAAUGUUCUUUAAAUUGAGAAAUGGUCAUCUAUUUAAUCAGCAAAUUGCUUAUUAAAGAGUUACUAAUUUUUAAGUAGAAAAUAUAUAAUAAAGAGAGCUUUAAAAUCAACAAGAUCUAAGUUAACAAUGUCCAAAGUGAGCUCCAGUAACUGGUCAUCAUGAUCUGUGAGGGCUGAUGACCUCCCUAUGACCUGGAUGCUCUUCUUUCCAAAUCCCAGACCUGGCUUCAGGCACCAUCCACCUGCACACAUAGGCUGGGCACACAAAUUAAGAAUUACAAAGACCUGCCCUGGUCUACUCUAUAAUUCUUAUGUGCUCAAUGUUUCUUUCUUUUAAAAAGAAUUUAACAUUUAUUCAUCUAUUAUUGACUAGAGACAGAGAGAAAUUGAGAGGGGGAAGGGAGAUAGAGAGGGAGAGAUACAGAGAGACACCUGUAGCACUACUUCACCACUUGUGAAGCUUCCCCCUGCAGGUGGGAACUGGGGCUUGAACCCUGCUGCAUGUGCACUGUAAUAUGUGUGCUUAACCAGGUGUGCCACCGCCCGGCCCACUGUGCUCUAUUUUUCUUAACGAGCUUGGCUAUAAGAAGGGGGAAAAUGAGUUCUUUGGUGAAUCAGGGUGCCAUCAGUAAUACUAGACACUAAGAAAUCGUUGGGAAAUGAAUGGGGAAAUAACUGCAUCUAAAAAGGUCAGUGACAAUUGACAGCUGACAAGGAAGUAUUUAAUUAGGGGAAGCUAAAGCAUUGCCCUCUCUUGCAGGGCAGAGUUUAUUUUAACUUUGUUCCAAAAUCAAUGUGUUGAUUCUGGGGGAGGAUCUUCAGAAAGGAAAUACUUCAAGAAAAGUUGUAAAACAGAAUUUAAAAAGAGUAAAAAGAAAAAAUUGGCUUCACUUCUCAUUUAUUAUAGUCAACUAGAUGUACUCCUGUACUCAAUCAUGAUACACUGAAAAUUGUGUUGUGGUCUUAACAUAGCUUGAUUCUGUAGACUUAAUGUUGGCAGCAUAGCUUCAGCCAACAGAUAAGGUUGUAGAUUGAGAUUGUAGCUGUGCAGUUACCUGAAUUUAGUGUUCUAUUUGUGAUGCUUAUCACUAAUGAAUUUUCAUUAAUCUGCCAAAUAAUUAUUUACUUGACUAGCCAUUGCACUUAAUAGUUGUUCCUUUGGGUUUCAUUGCCUUGCUCUUUGAAUGUACUCUAACAUUUUCAUCAUGUAUUCAUUUUGCAUGACUUAAGCAAAUGUUUCAACUAGUUUUUAAAAAAGAAAGGAUGAUAUUGACAUAAAUUAAGAUGCUAACAUUUUGAUAGAGUGUUUAUUAGUUUGUAAUAUUGUACGAUUAGUCAUUAUUUCAGAGGCAAUGUUUUGUUUCUUUUCAGGUGAGUAGAGACAGCUUAAUAUCAUUGUAAUAUGUUAUUUAUACUAUCUGUGAAGUUAACUCUAGUGUAUUAAGUGUACCAAUAGAUUUAGAAAACAAUAAACAAAUGGCAUGUUA